CUCUCACGCGGGAUCAUCGCACUACGUGCUGUUGUGUAGAUCUGUGACGUGUGCGCGCAGCGCUCUCUGGUGCAAUCUGCCCGGACACGCGCUCAACCCCCAAAACAAGCUGGGUUUAUCUCUUCAUCUGUCCCUCACCGAGGAGUUAGCUCCUCAGUGUAGCAUCGCGAUGCUACACACAACUAUCAUGGACGAAGACGACUGUUUCCUACGACAACGGCAGCUGAAGUAGAGGUAGACAGGAUGGGGGACCGGGCCGUCAGUGGCCGCCAGGCUGCGAUCUCUCCAAUGCAGCAGAUGCUGGCCUCUGGAACUGGAGCCCUCCUCACAUCUUUAUUUGUCACGCCGCUGGACGUUGUGAAGAUCCGGCUGCAGGCUCAGCAAGCACCGUUCCACAAAGCUUUAGCCUGUGAGUCUGCUCCGUGGGGCGGCGUCAUCCGCCCUUCAAAGUGGAAAUGUUUCCUGUAUUGUAAUGGACUGAUGGAUCACAUCUACGUUUGUCAGAAUAGAACCAGUUGCAGCAACUGGUACAAAGCACCGACACAUUUCAGCGGAACUUUAGAUGCUUUUGUGAAAAUCAGUCGACAUGAAGGACUCAGGUCUUUGUGGAGUGGACUACCACCAACACUUGUUAUGGCGGUACCUGCCACCGUCAUCUACUUCACCUGCUACGACCAGCUGCGACACUUCCUGACGUACGGUCUGGGUUUUCAGGGCAGCCAUGUUCCUCUCCUUGCUGGUGGUCUGGCCAGAUUGGGGGCUGUGACAGUCAUCAGUCCUCUGGAGCUGAUCAGGACUAAGAUGCAGUCCCGUCGGCAGCCGUACAGCGAGCUGCGAGCGUGUAUCCGCUCCGCUGUGGCCCAGGACGGCCUGCUGUCUCUGUGGAGGGGCUGGGCACCCACCAUUCUCAGAGAUGUCCCUUUCUCGGGUGUGUAUUGGUUUAACUAUGAACUGGUGAAGGCCCAGUUAUGUGAACAGUUUGGAAGGUCUCAGGCCAACUUCCCCAUCAGCUUUACUGCAGGAGCUGUGUCUGGAGCUAUCGCUGGGAUCCUCACUCUGCCUUUUGACGUGGUGAAGACUCGGAGACAGAUCCAACUCGGAGAGAUGGAUACUCUAGGAGGUCCCUUGAAGAAAACAUCAUCCACAUGGCACAUGAUGAAGAAAAUAUGGGUUGAGCUGGGCUACAGGGGGCUUUUUGCAGGUUUCAUGCCAAGGGUGAUCAAAGUGGCCCCAGCCUGUGCGAUCAUGAUAAGCACCUACGAGUUUGGAAAGACGUUCUUCCAGAAGAUGAAUCUUGAUCAGGAGCGCCUGUCAUCCUGAAGGUUGUUUGUGCAGCGCUGGGUGUUUCUCAGAGGCAGAAGCACACGCAGACUUUAUCUUGAGGAAACGAAGGAAAAAUCCUCUAUAGAUGAAGGGAGAAAAGGGUGGGUUUGGACUUCGGGGUGUCUCUACUUGCAAAUCUGAUAUUCUCCAAGCCUGGACCAGGAGGGACACUCUGGGAUCACAAACUUGACUUUAUAUGUGUGGACGAAUUGAGUAAACCUCUUACAGGCAUCUUUAAAAAGAGAAUGUUCUUUUUCUGUGUUUGUGUGUGUGACCGAAAUCAAAUCUCAGUGUACAUUUUCAAACAAUGACAGAGAGGCUUAGUUAGCGAGCAGCGACGCGACUGUCGUACUCAAUGAGUUGUAUGAGGUUUUAUGCUGCGUGGGAAAAUCCAAACCCUCUUUAAGACUUCAACUGCAUCAGCACUGUAGCAUGAGUGCAAGGAAACUGUUCUCUUACCUGUAUUCUGCAUCUCCUGACAAACUGCAUGAUGUGUACAUCUGCAAUCAGUACAGAAGCUAUAUAAUAAAAUGUCCACCCACUCUCCUAUCCUGCAUCCGCUUCACUGCAUUAUCCUGCAAUCCUGCUGCAGUGAAACCUGACAUUUUUGACAUUAUUCUGAAGAGUAGCUGAGUGACAAAUCUGAUUUAUGUGCUGAGUAAAUGUAACCAAUUACAGAACUUUACAUUUGCAAUGCAAGAGCUGUGAAAAGAAUAACUGAGAACUGAUUAAUAACUACAGGUUGUUUUUUUAAUUUCUGCUGAAUGUGCCCCUCUUCUCUGUUCUCAUAACUGGAGGAAAGCCAUAAAUUAAAGAUGCACAAGGAGGACUGGUGGUGGUCAGGUCAUUUGUUUUUAAUUGGUGCAUGGGCUAUGUAUGUUAUACUAUGAGAUAUAUUACAACAUAUAAUGACUCAACACACUUGUGAAAGGAACUGCAGUCACAUACUUUUCUUUUCGGAAAUGAUCUUAAAAAAGAAAUUCAAACGUGCUGAUAUCACAUAAAUGAAUACCUGUCCACAAAAUGAAAUACUUCUCAAAAACUUGUUAUAACACUGGACAUAAAACAUAAAACAUAAAACAAAAUAUUGCUGCCUUAACCUAAAAGGUGUAAUUGUUUUUCCUUUGUUUUUUUUAUUGUCAUGAAUGAAAUUGUAAUAAAUGUUGAUACAGCUUGUU